AUGAUUUUAUACAUUAAAAAUUACUCUAGGUGCAGUGCGAAGGCGGCGCGGAAAUCAAACUCGCCGUCCGGCCGUGAAACAGCCUGGGAGAGGUGCGGACAACCCCAUUCGCAUCAACAAACGGCGGACCACAGGGCUCACCAUGGGGGCCGCGAUAGCAAGAUGCCACAAGCACAGACGCAGCCUAGAGACACACAGUCUAGCAGGGCCCUCUAUCAGAGCCACACCAUACCUACCACAGCAGAUGCCGGCCUACACUCAGACACUCCACCCAUGUAUCACCGGACUGGGAGAACGGCAGCUCACACCACAGCAGCAGCAGACGGCACAAGGGGAGCCUCUACAAGGCAUCGGAUGAACCACACAGCACUGGGACUCAUUGCCUAG